AUGCUGGGGAGGAGCUGGUUGGGCCUUCGUCGGUGCAGGAGAGGAGGACUGGAAGUGGCUCUCGAAUGCCAAGGUCAACUACACCCGCUGGUUCUACCCUUCGUCAGGCAGUAGCACCGAUAGGUGUGUUAUGAUGGAGAAAUCCGGGGACUGGGGAUCGGUGCCUUGUGGGAGCGACACUUUAGCCUUCGUUAUCUGUGACUUCGUACCAGGAUACAACCCCUUCGUGCUAGUAGGUCCCGUGGUAAUACUCUCUGGGGUAGCUGUCCUCAUCCUCAGUAUCGAGGUCUGCAUCAGGAGGAAGGAGUUCAAGGAGAAGAACCUAGAGGCUCCUGUGAGGGUGACGACGGCGAAAGAGAGGUGGACGCUGGACUCAUCAACUAUGGCUAUGGUAACUUCGAGGGUGACGACAUCAACCAAACUGUCAACUGGCCCCCCGUCGACGCCUCCAGUCCAGCUAAGUCUACGACGCCAAGCUAUACCGGCCUACAGCACGAGCAGCAGCCGAUGGUGUCCCCCAGGGUAGAAAAUGAGGGAGGUAGUGGCCCCAUGGUGCAUGUGGUGCCCGCCUCCCCCAGCCUCGUGGCCCCAACACCAGAGAACACUCGCUCUCAGGAGCAGCUCGAGCUUCUCCUCUCACCCAAGACGCUGGAGUGAGGUGUGUCACCCAUCCCUCACAAUAGUAUAUUAUCGCCUUAUUGUCAACCGACUGCUGACUUGUGCCGCACCAACAACCGUAUCUGACAGUGGUAACCAACUUGUGAUAAUUUUUACUCUAGACACUGUUGUUGCAAGCGAGGGCAAAAAUGGUGGGGUUAAUUGUGCCUUUAUCCUAACUGCCAUCAUGGUUAACAUACCGCCUCGUCUUGCCUCCUGUUGCAAUACAGUACAGUACAGUAUUACCUAACUUUACCCUGGCCAGGGCUCACACCCCCCGAGCUGUGAUCAACUACGGUACCGCACACUACACACAUCAAAACUGAAGGUCUUACAGUAUUACAAUCUGGAAAAAACAGUGUGACUGGAAAUCCGUGUGAGAGAAAAACAAAACCAAGUCAUGGUAGAGAGGUGACUGUGUGCGGGCAGGCAGGAGUGUUAAGUGUGGUCACGUCCUGACAGUGUGUUGAGCAUCAUGGCAGUGAGCAGCAACAAAUACUUAGUAACUGUGAUACAUCAUCAAUUACUACACCGACAAUGAAUCUUUCACUAGCAUACUCCAUAAUCCUACAAGACUUUACAGCUGUGUGGCAAUUUCACAUCACCGAAAAGUAUUACCAGUUUAUAUUAUGAUAACUAUUUCACUUGUGUUGACUAUACCACGUAGGGGAGACGCAGGAACUGAACACUUAGAGCAAGGUAUUGGCCUCAGAACUUAAACCAACGUAUAUGGGACUAAUUAAUUCACGACUUGACCCUAAUCUAACCGAACUUAACCCAGCCAACCAUUAAUACACUCUAUCCAGACCUAACUUAACCUAACCCGCCACUAACACAAUCUAACCACACCUAACUUAGCCUAACCCACCACUAAUACUGUUAAUACAACCUAACCAAACCUAACUUAACCUAAUCCAACCCAACCCUAACCUAACCAAACCUAACUUAACCUAAUCCAACCCAACCCUAACCUAACCAAACCUAACUUAACCUAAUCCAACCCAACCCUAACCUAACCAAACCUAACUUAACCUAACCCAACCCUAACACACCUUUCACUACCUCUAACACACCCUCUUACAACCUAACCAAAAUCUGUUGUUUAUUGUCAAGGGUGAAGACAGUGUUCCAUAUCGCAGUAACAUCACGUGUAGUGUAUCCAUGUAAGCAAGGUUAGGUUAGGUUAGGUUAGGUUAGGUUAGGUUAGGUUAUGUUAUGUUAGGCAAGGUUAGGUUAGGUUAGGUUAGGUUAGGUUAGGUUAGGGUGGUGCUCUUGAUAAUAUAAACAUAUAUUCCAUCAUCACAAAAAAUUAUUGUAUAGAUAUAUAAAUAAAGGACAAAAUUAAACCUAAAUCUAUUAUGAAGACAAAUAAACAGACAUAUAGAUGGAUGAUUAUAAUACUGUUCGUUGAUAGAUGACAGAAUCCAAUUACAGAUACGCUUUGUCAAUGCACUACUUGGCUAUCGACGCGGAAGUACAAACAUACGCCUUUCGGUUCUCUAAAUUAUCGUUUCAAAUAAGAUAUACUGAACGAGAUACUAAAUUUAGGGACAUAUUAACGAGAUAUGUAAUCAGUAAAAUGGAAAUAUUAACUAACGGUCGAAUGAUAAUGAAGUACAGUAUUUAUAACACAUAAUGGCCCUCCUUCAAUACGUUAUAAAUGGGACUCCUGCAAUACGUUAUAAAUGGCCCUCCUUCAAUACGCUAUAAAUGGCCCUCCUUCAAUACGCUAUAAAUGGCCCUCCUGCAAUACGCUAUAAAUGGCCCUCCUUCAAUACGUUAUAAAUGGCCCUCCUUCAAUACGUUAUAAAUAGCCCUCCUUCAAUACGCUAUAAAUGGCCCUCCUGUAACACGUUAUAAAUGGCCCUCCUUCAAUACGUUAUAAAUGGCCCUCCUUCAAUACCCUAUAAAUGGCCCUCCUGUAACACGUUAUAAAUGGCCCUCCUUCAAUACGUUAUAAAUGGCCCUCCUGUAACACGUUAUAAAUGGCCCUCCUUCAAUACGUUAUAAAUGGCCCUCCUUCAAUACGUUAUUAUCUUCAACGACAUUAUAACACGGUUGCAUUUUAUAUCAAUAUCUAAUACUGUUUUAAAUUACUAAGUGGUUGACUGGAGAGAUAUGAAUAGUAUUUAGUGACUGGAAAGGAAAAUGACUGUCGGAUCAGCUGCUAGAGGUGAGUGGACAGUUCCCCAGUCUUUCUGUACGUGGUGUUGUCAACUGUAUACAAAUUAUUUUCCAUUAAUGAUAUUCAGCACCUAUGAGUGAGUGUCGUUUUAAAAACAUAAAUAUUUCACCGCAAUAAAGAUACAAAAGAGUAAUAAUGAAAAUCUACCAAAGAAAUUCAAAUCAAAAUGGUAUAGAUUGUAGAAUUCUCCAUUAAACUAACGAUUAUUCUAGAUGAUUCUAAACCUAACAAACGAUAUGUGAUUCUAACCUAACUCAUAUACUGGGGGAUUCUACAAUACUGCCUCUAAAAUAUAAACAUAAUUAAGAAUAUCAAUAUUUUCACUUCAUUCUUGGCUAUGUUAAUAAUUACCAUAUAUGCUGUAACAACUUUUUUUAAUAUAUAUAUAUAAACAUUCCUGGAUUGAUGACUUACUGUAGUAUUAUUUAAAGGCAUUUUAGUCAUGUCAAAUUAGCAUACAUUAUAGGAUACUGUACAAAGCAUUAUACAGUAGGGAGUCAUUUGGUCAUGUUUAGAUUAUAAAUUCCAAUACCAUACCAGUUUUACGUGCCAUAGGCUAUUUAGUUACUGCAGUUCAUUCAUUAUUCACAAGCAUAAUAGUACUGAGUGGUCUCUAACAUGCUAUCAUUAGUUCAUGCUGCUAGUUCUCUGAAUGUUAUUAGUUCAUGCUUGUUCUCUGAGUGUUAUUAGUUAUUGAAUACUUGACAUAUAUAUGGUUAACUACUUCCCUUAGUACUGUAUGUGGAACUCAAGUCUUGUCAUUAGUUGAGCAAGUUUGUUGUCUGAAUAUUUCAUGAUAUAUCGUAUAUAGUUCAGGACAUUUUGCUUAUAACCCUUCAGUAAAUACUUCAUUAACAUUUAGUACCUAUACUUGUUGUGAUCAGAGCCGGAUUCUCAAUAAUACGUAUGUUACUCUCCCCCACCUGAGGAUGUGAGACCUCAUCUAAUUAAGGCAGAAACUGUGUAAUGUCGAUACGAUUUUGUCCGCCAGCUCUGUUUUGUUGCUUAAUCUGGCCUGAGAAACGAUCCUGGUAAACAAGUGGUAACAACAUGACUUAAAGUGUAUUAUUUCUUCAGCUGUACAACAACCAUCACAUACCACUCAUAACUCAGACAAAUCCAGACUCUGAGCCUCGGCUAACCGCGUAAAACCUCAAGUAAAUCACAGUCGACUUAAAUACAGGGAUAAUGUGGUAUACGAAUUAGUUUUGACAACAUGAAAGUCCAGGUUUUUUUUUUUUUUGUCUAUUUAUUCACACCUUUAUAUAUAUACUCCCCAAGAGGCAAAAUGUACCACCAGAAUGUAUUUAAAGGUAAAAAUCCACUAAAAUGUAAGAACAAGAUGAUGCGGUUUGACUGGAUUAUAUGACACAAAUACGGUUCAUAAUGCAAUAUCGCCUCCACAAGAAAACGAGACUUGGAUUCUUUAAGGAGUCGUCUGUUUAUAAAUUAUAAGUUUAUAAUUUUACCGAGACUAAAAAUCAGCUUCGUAUCCACACCCAUUUGAACUCUGGUACCGAAACACACACAGGUUCCACAAACAGUAUCACUAAUAGCUUUAAAAAAAAACGUAAUAUAACCAUGGUCUUGAUGCAGUAUUAUACGGUAUGUCUAGGUCGUUUCUCGGGCAUAUUGACUGAGCUAAUUAGUUGAGUCUUAAUAUCACCAUUUGCGGAAUUAUAACGUUGCUAUUCUCUGGCAAUCCGAGCUUAGCAUUGUCUUGUCACACUUAACCCGCCGGGCACUGUUGUCUCAUUAACAUUUUUCAGUAAAGUUCUUCUCUCGUAUUCAAUUCUAAAUGACUUACCGAGUAUUGUAAUUUCCCAGGAUUUACAGAAUGGGUUUUUAAUGUUACCGUCAUACAAUUCACAUUCCUAUGAACUGGUAUUAAUAUUACAGUUUAUCUUGAACACUCAGCAUAUGGGAAAAGAUUAUUGCUUUCGAGUUUUAUAUAAGAGUGUGUCACCUUUCAGUAAGCCGAAUAUAUUUCUAUAAAAGUACAAGUUCUACACGACAAGGAAAGUAAUGCUCACGUAAUAUGUUGUGGCCGAUGACAGCUGUUUGUUUACUCAUUAACUCUGGCUGUCAGUGAUGAGGAGACCAUCUUUAUAAAGUUUCAAUGCUAAUCUUACAGAAUUUAAAAAAGUAUUCUUAAUAU